ACCGCAAACAUUCAAAGAUGCAAUCGAGGUUACCCGCAGCGUUGGUCACAAAUACUUGUGGAUUGACUCCCUCUGCAUCGUGCAGGAUGAUGAGAAUGACUGGCGAGAAGAGUCAGCGAACAUGGGCUACAUCUUUGAGAAUGCCACGAUGACCAUUGGGGCGGCAGCGGCGCGUGAUUCAACAGAGGGUUUGUUUGCACCAAUAUUACGCAACCCUGCUCCUAUGAGAGUAUCGUAUCAUCUCGAAGAGGGAGUCGAAAGUUCUCAACGCACAUUGAACAUGACGCUAAGAUACGUCCCUUCGCUCGAUAGGACCCCUCUCAGAUAUAGAAGCUGGGUGCUACAGGAAAAAAUCUUGUCUCGGAGGCAGGUUUAUUUUACGAGAGAGGGACUGGUUUGGAAUUGUCGAGAACGAAAUGAAGAUGAGAAAGGCAAUGAUCAUCCAGAGGCCUCGGAGAUAUAUACCUCUUGGGAACACCUCAUAGAAUACUAUAGUGGUUGUCAGCUCACAUAUCCCACUGAUCGCCUGAUUGCGCUCGAGGGAUUAGUGAACAGGAUCAAGGCAAAGAGACGUGAUCAGUAUCAUUGUGGAGUAUGGAUGGCACAGGCUAAUCAGCAAAUUUUUUGGAUGAGAAAGGUACAUGGACCAGGCAGUGAGAAUCUCCCCAAUCUACCUUGGUGGAGUUGGGCAUACCGAUCGAGAUCAAAAUUCUUUUGCCAUAUCGGACAUGCGGAAGACACAACAAAACCCAUGAUUCCCAAUAUGCGCACUCUCGGAACUACCACGGGUACAAUGACAGUUGACGAGGGAGUGAUGAAGAUUGGUGAGGCACACCUCAUGCCAUGCGUAACAAAGAAAAGUGACCCCCCUUUUGGUUUGAAAGCCAACGUCCGGGGAGCCCAUUCUUGGAUGAUGUAUCUCCGACGAGGAAACGUCGCUCAUCAUUAUACUAUCCAUGACGAUACGCAACAACUUAUCGGUAUCUCUGCUCUAGAUGAUGGUGUUCUCUACGACAAUCUAUACUGUAUAUCCAUUCUCCGCCGGAAACACUUUCAAAAUUUUGCACAGCGGAGUGAGUGGGAAUUGGCGAAGUCACACUCUACAGAUGAUGCAUCACCCGGGGAAAUUGAGAACCACGCUCAUGACGUUGGCGACAUGGAGCAAGACGACCGCAAAUCUAUCAGGCUGGCUCCGCCUGCCAUAGACGGAUACUGUGAUUAUUUUCGAAUUGUUCUUAUUCUACAGCCAGUGUAUGAGCGAGAAGGACAUUUCAGACGAGUGGGCGCGGGUUAUAUCGAUGAAAAGGAUUGGGAAGAGAGGGAGACGGUAUACCCGCAGAUAUAUUUGAUAUAGCAUCACUUGUUCGGAUACCGAGACAGGAUCUCCUCCGACUCUCAUCUCAGACUGGGUAUAUAAGGAGCGGGGCGAAACCUUUUCCUAUCUUCCAGCUAGAUGCUAUUCUUGGAAAUUCAAACAAAGUACAUAAUCUCCAUUUUUUGUGUGCUUGUUCCCUCCGCCUCUCCGUAACUCAUCCGAUGCAUUCCAUCUCUUUGCCGUAGCCCCUCAUAAUCCAUUAUCAACAUCUUGCUAAUCUUUAAUCCAGCCCAAAAUCAACCAUGACGCUUCAAAAUUUGGAUAACACCGCACAAUACACGCUUUUUAGAGCACCACAGUUUGCAGUAUAAUAUCAACUCGACGAAGACAAAUAAAAAGGUACCCUCUUAAAUAAACAUGUUCUCGGUGCCUGUCCACAAAAGUUAGUCCAAUUUUGCCGCGUAUGACAAUGUCUCUGCAUGGAUGCGGAACUUGAAGCGAUGGGGUUUCGUAUUUUGUUGUACAUAGAGAUUUUAAUUACGUAGUUGUGGGGGAAUUGAGGAAAUGAUAUGGGGUUGGUGUGGAAGAGAGCAGAACGGUAUUUGCAGAUUGUAACCGU